AGUGCCAUUCCCCAAUCCAUAUGUUCGUGAAGUUUGGUUAAACAAGAUUGUAUAGACGCUCUAGAUUGGGUGAUGGCUUUUAGAAGAAAAGUUUUAAUGGAAAACUUUCUUUCUCGGCGACAAACGGUUAAAUUUGUCAAUAUUUACACCUAAAGGCUAAUGAUGAUAUUUACACCUAACGUCUAAACAUUUUGGCGUUUUCAGGCUAACAGUUAACUCGACCUAUUAAGACCUACGAUACGUGUGUUGGAAAAGGCAAUACUGUAUUACUACCUGUCGGAAAAUCCGUUAAAUGGAUCGAAAUUUCCCUCCUAUUUUGUACGGAUUCUUCUAUUGGCUCCCUUGUUUUGACAAGAAAUAAAACUAUUGAGUGGUGUCUAGAGGUCAGCUGAAAUGAGUACUUAACGCUACUAACGUUUGCCUGAUGUUUAUUGAAUCUGAACUCUAGUGUGUUAUCCAGUCAAAUCUUUUCCUGUUUUUAUUAAUUUUAACAAUCCAAGACAGCAAAACGGAGCUAAAAAAUGAAGAGCUCUGCAAUUUUGCCGUUUGCUGUCGUCGCUCUGGGUGUCAUGGAAUGCUAUGUAACAGCUGAUUUCUUUGAGCCACAAGCAGAUCAAGGAGAACACGAAUACACGGGACGAUAUAUGUAUUUCCCUCGUGACCCUGAGGAAAAGGAUUACGACGAUGGAAAGGUGGAAAAUGUAGAGGAAGAGAUGGAAAAACUCAUGGAAGAUAUAGAAACUGUACAUGAACUUCCCGGGCAUAACUUUCAAUUUCGUGAUAGAGACAAACCUAAAGAUGAUUUCGAAAAUUCAAAGGCAUUCCCCGCACAGAGUUUCCAAUUUCGUGAUGGCGAUGAAACCAAACAAAUUUUCGAGAGUUCAAGGGUAUUUCCCGAAAAAGAUUCCCAGACUCCUGAAAAAGAGACAAUGGGAGAGUUUUUAGAGGAACCAAAAAACAUUCCUGAAGAUCAUAUAAGGUUCAAUGAGCAAGGGCAUAUUGAAUUUGUAAAGAUUAAGGCAAAGACUGGUUACAAUGAUCCAUUACGUCGCGGUGAAGGUCAAAGUCCUCGGUAUGGUGCAAAUCCACAGCUGUCGAUCGUUCUAAAGAAUGGCGGGGAGUAUCGUGCAGAGCUAAGAUACAAAAAGUAUCCAGGUCAUCGAUACUCAAUAGAAAUGAACGCCAAAACUGAUUUCACACCGAAACUCAGUUGCACCCGUGGAGACAUAGACAAAGUUUAUCUCGAGGCUCGUGGAGGGGAUGGAUGGUACGUUGCAUCUAUCGACAUCUACACCGCAGGAUGGAACAAAAUCUACUCUGAGCUGACCACUGAUCCAGGCUUUAGUAUGUGGGUGGACAACGAUGAAGAAUACUAUUAUCCAUACAAUGCCAAAAAGUUCCUCCUUACCAAUGCUGUCGCAGGAACCUGUAUCACGUACAUGCGAGUGGAAGCAACGACGGGAACAAUGGAUGGCGCUGAUUCGUCACAUUCGUACAUUAAGCAUAAAAGCCACUGGAUAGUUCUCACUUUAUCAAACAACAAAAAAUUUCAGGCCGAACUUGAAGGACCUAUGGAAAAAGGGCAAACCUACAUGCGAGAGCUGAACUUCGCCAGCCGGUUUGGAACUACAAGGUGCGUGUCGAUAUCUGAUAUUAAGGAAAUCCACUUAAAAGCUAGUAGUAACCCAAGAGACGAUUGGUACAUAUCAUCCAUUGGCACCUCUGUCAAAACUGGUGUGGAGCAGUACAUGGAUCUGACAAGUGAUCCAAACCUAAACAAGUGGCUUGGAGGGCACCAUUCGAAUGAAAUCAAACUAAAUUGGGUACAUCAAGAGACUCUUAACUGUGAAUACGGAAAUCCAACGUGCGAAUGCUUGGCGCACGCACAAGUUUGUAAAUUUAACCUUGAAAUUGAUGAAAUUCGAACCUUCACCAGCUAUCAAAAGUUAUCAGUGGAUGAACCCACAGGAGUAGCCAUGCGAGGAUCCCAGGGAGUGAUUUAUUAUUUCGGUGACGUUGGUUUACCUACGCCGCUCCAGAAUGGCAGAACAUGUUCAACACAGGACAACGCUAAGUGCACUAAUCCCCAGUUUGUUGACGGUAAAACGUACCGUUUAGUAAUAGCUGUCAAUGGACUAAUUCCUGGACCUACCUUGAUAGUCCACGAAGGGCAAAUGGUUGAGGUUCAUGUUCACAAUAAUCUCACCACUGAAGGUAUUUCAAUUCACUGGCAUGGGAUGCAUCAGAAAGGAACACCUUGGAUGGAUGGUGUGGGGCAAGUGACUCAAUGCCAGAUAGGACCCUCAUCUACCUUUACAUACGUUUACAAAGCUGAACCUGCUGGCACAUUUUGGUACCACUCUCACAGUGGCGCUCAAAGAACAGAUGGCUUCUUUGGUGGACUUGUAGUAAAAGAAAGUCCUGAGAAAAUGAUACAGAUCCGAGAAAAACUCAAUAGGCACCGUGCAUUUGUAGACCUUCCAGAUCAGCACACCUUAACGCUUCUCGACUGGCAACAUGAGGCAUCCUUGGACCUGUUCACACAGAUUCACACUAGCUUGGGCUUUUAUCCAGGCAAGCCGUUUGGCAAGGUGCCAACUAAAGCUGAUUUACAGCGACGGUAUAAUUCCACACGCAGCUAUGAAGAAGGAGAGGUCGGACCUGUCCCGUAUUUUUCUGGAAUUAUAAAUGGCAAAGGCAGGCAUGAUGAUGUUCCAUACAUCAAAACAAGACUGAGUAUAUUUACUGUUCAAGCCGGGAAGACAUAUCGCUUCCGGCUUAUUGGAGCCCAAAAUCUGUACGCUUACAAAUUCUCCAUUGCUGGUCACAAGCUGACUGUGGUGGGCACUGACGGCUACUGGAUUCAGCCUGUGGAAGACGUUGAUUACAUCAUCAUCCAUUCUGGAGAGAGGUUCGACUUUCUACUGGAGGCAACAAACUCAAGAAAAGACUACUGGAUGCGUGCAGACACUCUGGAGAUUGAUCAAAAUGGCCAAGGGCCACCAUACAAGUCUCUUGGACAUGUAGCAGAAGCUAUUUUGCAUUACGAACGCGAUGGAGACUCGGCUGAUCCGAACGUUAACGUGCCGUCUACAAAAUAUGAAGAAAUAAAAACCGUAUCUCCUGCCCAACAGUGCUCCGCCUACGAUCCAUGUAAAGCAGUGAACUGCCCAUUUGAGAAAUUCCAUACACUUUAUUAUAUUACCUGUAUUAAUGUUCAACAACUACGCUUACUUGAGCCAACUCCACCUGCAGAACUUCCCAACGCAAACCCUAAAACCCCCCAGGAAUGUCCAAAUUGUCGACAUUUCAUAAACUUCAAUUUCGAGGGUGACUCUCAAACUAGUGCAGUGAAUGGGCGCAAUUUCAUUCUUCCCUCCUUUCCUCCUCAAACCCAAACUGAAGAGUUUCACAAAAAGGACAAUAUUUGUGACCUGAAGGCCGACUGCAAUCCAUCAACGCCUGAAUGCUCGUGUGUACAAGUGAUUACCAUUCCAUAUCAGGAAACCAUUCAGCUCGUGUUUUCAGCGGUUGGUGCUUUUCACAAUGCUCAUCCAAUUCACCUUCAUGGCCAUACAUUUCAUGUUGUUCACGUCGGAUAUCCAGAAUAUGACCCAAAAACUGGUUUUAUUACUAAACACAACAGUGAUAUAUACUGCGAUGAUGUUAACUGCAAAAAAGAAAAUUGCGUCAAGGAGAGAUGUACCAGACCACAGUGGAACCAAGACAACAUGCACUUUUCUUUAGAUUCCUAUACGAUCAGAAAGGACACAGUUAUGGUCCCUGCUGGUGGAUACGUUGUUAUCAAUUUCGUCUCCGAUAAUCCAGGCCACUGGUUUCUCCAUUGCCACAUAGAGGUGCAUCAGCUCGAGGGAAUGGCAAUGAUUGUCAACGAAGCUCCAGACGAGCAAAGCCGUUUGCAACCACCCAAAGAGAUGAACAAGUGUGGAGACGUUGAGAUAAGUGUCCAAACGUAUCAAAAAUAUCAAUCAAAUUUCCAAAGAAUGCACGCUUAAUUUCUAAAGGAAAGGUCUCAGCACUCGUAGCAGCUGUUAUUCUUAGCUACUACCACUUUUAUAACUACUGAUCAGAAAACAAUCAAUCACACGUGCCAAAAGCCGUACUUUCUUUACCUCUUAAUUAAGAAACGCACGACUAGCAUCAGCUUUGGCGCCAUCAUGACAAUCAAAAUUUGUUAGAGCUGUAGUGUUGGAAAUAGUGACAUUGUUUGGUAGAUUUUCGUUACAUUUGUCAAAGAUUUCGGUAUGACUCUUAAAAACUGCAAUGACACUUAAUGAAUAAUUUUACAGAGUAGUAUUUUCGAGCAGUCAUUACAUUUUAUGACUGAUAUCUAUAAAUUAUCUUAUCGAUACUUCUCGAAGUUAGUAGGCAUAACGUUAGUUACAUAAAGGGUCGGUUGUUGCGCAUGUAAUAAUAAUAAUAAUAAUAAUAAUAAUAGUUUAAUAUUUGUAGUGCGCAAAUUCCGCAUAUGAUCAAAUGCGCCAAUGCGCUGAUAGCUGAACACCCCACCUUUCAAGAUCCACUGCUCCUCCUAGCCCUCAAAAGAUAACCACAAAAGUUUGGCUUGUCAGGGGUGGGCUGGGGGAUUAACUGCCAGAGUAUUUAAUACCAAUCAGCAAACAGGGAGGAUAAUAUGAAACUCCUUAACCCUAGGUAUCGAUACUAUGUUAGAAUGCCCCCUGAAUACAACCUACGGUACCUAGCUACUGGUGGUUUAGUAAUCAAACCAGUAUCUCUUGUAACCAAACACAAUCUCGACAAAUUUAAUGAGCAGUGGAUUUUUGUUGCCUUGAAAGUAAAUUGUGCGCUGAUUAGGAAAGAAAAGAAAACUGAAAUAACAGAAAAUUGCGUCGGGUUUCAAGUACUGACGUGUUUUAGUCUACUGAGAGACAUUUCGGAUGCCUAGCAAUCAGUUUCGUAUCUGUAGGCUUCAUUGAAUUUCUCUCUACCUUCUGAGAAGUGUGUUAAAAUUACCUCGUUGAUUUUCAUAGAUUUUUGCUGAUUCAGGUUUUUGUAAUUUAGACUAAACUGAUAUAUUUUACAAACUCUUCGGAAUCGUCAGAAGUAUUAUAGGCUUAGCUAAAUUUUUCAUUACUUUUUUGCAGUAUAUAUUGAGGUAUUUGCGACAAAGCAAGAUAUUGCGGAUACUCAGAAUUUACCCAGUGGUAUUUUUGUAUUCAUUGGCUUUGCUGAAUAUUUGAUUACCUCAUUGAGCAGAUUACUAUUGGUAGCACUGUUGUACCUUAUUGAGUGUCGUAAAACAUGAACCAAGUCUCAACAGCCAAUCAAAGGAAAGGAAAGUAGUACGAGCGGGCCAAUGAUACCCGCACCUGCUUGAGGCGCGGAAAAACGUUUUAGUCUUGAUUCUGAUUGGUCGAGAGGAUGGUGUGAUUCUUCUGGACCAAUAACCGGUCGAGGUAAAGCAAAACAAACGCAAUACCGUAUUACUUUUCAAACUUAGUUAAAAAGUGUUCUCAUGUAUUAUGAAGAAAUCAGUAACAGACAAUACCAGGUAAAAUUUGUUUAACCUUCUAACUCCCAAGAUCUGAUUGUUAAUUCCCCUUUCUGGCUACACAUUUCC